GGUCAUAAUAUUAUAAAGUAAAAAAAAAAGCGGAAAAAAUUGUUUUUCCAAUUUUUUUGAAUAAAAAAUGUCGCAUGAACUUCAAAUCCCGAAAUGGGUUAAUAAGGAAAACUUUCAUAAAAUGCUAAGUCAAGCUAUUGAAGAUUUGGAGGAUAUAACAUUUUUCAGAGCCUCACGUGCUAUGGUAUCUGGUGAAAAUUAUUCAACUUUAAUAUUAAGAGUUCAAAUUGAGAUGAAAUUAAAAGAUGGUACGAUUAAGAAGUCGUCGUUUAUGCUCAAAUUACCUCAUGAAACCAAAGAGAUGAAGGAAAUAUUAGCGUCUUUAAAUUUUUUCCACGUGGAAAACGUUACCUAUAUCGAUAUAAUAAACGAAAUGGAAAAAAUGUAUAAAGAUGUUGGCAUUGAGGUUAAAUUCGGAGCUCAGUGUUAUCGACUACCGACAGAUAGCCAAGAAUUAUACGUUCUGUUAGAGGAUCUCUGCAGUAGUGGUUUCCGGAAUGUGAAUCGUUUAAAUGGCUUAGAUGUGGAACAUACCGAAUUCGUUUUACGCAAAUUGGCUCUAUUUCAUGCCGCCUCCGCUUGCAGAGUAGCGAAAUUAGGUCCAUAUCCCGAAGCCCUUUUUGUACGCAAUUUAGAUUUUGAACAUACCCGUGAAAGAAUUCAAGGCAUCUACGGCUUGCUGAUAGAAGCAUUUAUGAAUAAUUUGCAGAAAUAUAAAAAUGGUGAAAAGUACCGUGAACCAUUGUUAAAAUUCUAUAACAACGUAACUGAAUGGUUUGUUAAUGCUUCGGCUAUGCACAAAAAAUACUUUAAUGUACUCAAUCAUGGUGAUAUAUGGACCAAUAAUAUUUUAUUUAAAUAUAAAGCAGACGGCCAUGUAGAAGAAACAUAUUUUAUUGAUUAUCAAAAUUGUAAUUAUGGCUCACCGGUUCAAGAUCUUUACGUUUUGAUAAUAUCAUCCGUUCAUAUUGAUGUUAAAUUGAAAAAAUUUGAUCAUUUCAUCGACUACUAUUACAAGAAUUUAGUUGAGAAUUUAAAAUUAUUAAAAUAUCCAUUGGUCAUAAUGAGUCGUAAUCAGCUGCAAGAGCAAUUGAAAGUAUUUGGCGGCUGGUCGUUGCUAACAUCUCUAUUCAUUACGGGUAUAGCUUUACUCGAACCAACGGAUAAAGCGAAAAUUGAGAAUGUGAUAAGAGAUACUCCCGAGGGAAUAGAAUUCCGUAACUUAAUAUAUAGCAAUUCCCGUUAUAUUCAACACAUUGAAGAAAUAUUACCCUGGAUAUACGAACGAGGCUUCAUGAAUCCCGAAAAUUUAUUGGAAGACUUAGGACCAAGCGUAUCUUCAAAAAUAAAGAAGACAAGCUAAAUGCAUUGAAGAAGCACAAGGGAAAAGAUUUAUUUAUUUAUUAACGCACUUGAUAUAAGGAAAUCUCAAUUCGUAUUCGAAAUAACUACAUUGUGCCUUUUUAAAAUCUUAUGGCCUUAGCAUUACUUAUAUCCUUAGAUGCAAGUCAAAAUUCUGAAAGGAAUUUUUAAUAUUUCUUAGCAGGGUUUAGUUUUUCCCUUUUCUCAUUUAUUAUUUUUAAAUCGUUAUUUCUUUUCUAUUAACAAGUAACGUCACCUGAAAUGCAUCUCACGGAAUUAAAGUCAAUCUAUUAACGUAAGUAGCUCGUAAUUUUGUGAAACUGGAAGAAAAGUAUCGCAAAGUAUUAAAGCAUAUAUAUCAUGAAUUGUUUAUAUUUUGUAUUGAUUUAAAAGUACUCUCCCUCUCUCU